UCUGCAAAUUCGAAAAAAGUGACAGCCGCUUCGGUAAAGUAAGUUUUCCUGAUAAAUUAACGGCACGAACGAAUGAGUUGAAUAUUUCAUUCAAAUUGACUAUAUGGAUCCAAGAAUUGCUUGGUAUCCGCCGGAACAGUUAGGAGUUGCUCAUGAUGUGUGGACAAGGAUAAUUGAAGCUCAAAUAGGCGUUGAUAACAUGUCUCUCAAUAACUCCAAUCCAAACUUGGAUCAUAAGCCUGCCGAGUUUAUUCCUCUGGAUAUAACAAACAAUUUUGAUCAGAAGUCUGCUCCGACAAAUCGACAGAAUAGCAUCCAUAACCAGGAAAACAGUUUUAAACGAAAGAGAGACAAUCGUGCCAGUACAUACGGUUUGAACCAUUCGUCGUACAAGCAUUUAUUAAAGGAAGAUGGCGGCCUCACCCCUUGGAAGCCCAAGAAGAAGAAAUAUCAACCAGACGUUAUUGGUUUGCAUGAAGAGAUCAAGGAUUUCUUUGUAUACAUGUCUCCUACACGUGAGGAAGCCAACAUGAGGUCAGAAGUCGUACAGAGGAUACGGUCUGUGGUCAAAGACUUAUGGAAAGAUGCUUCGGUUGAAAUUUUUGGCAGCUUCAAAACAGGCUUAUACCUACCUACAAGUGAUAUAGAUCUGGUUGUGUUUGGGAAGUGGAAAUCUCCUCCUCUGUUCAUGCUGCAGAAGGCCCUCCUCGACAAGGGCUAUACUGACCAUGCCUCUAUCAAGGUGUUGGACAAGGCUUCCGUCCCUAUAGUCAAACUCACAGACCUGCAGACUGACAUCAAAGUGGAUAUCAGUUUUAAUACAAAGAACUCGGUGGAAAGUGCUGCACUCAUCAAGAAAUUUAUGGAGCAAUUCCCAAACCUGAAGUAUCUGGUGUUAGUAUUGAAGCAGUUCCUUCUACAACGGGACCUUAAUGAGGUGUUUACUGGUGGCAUAAGUUCUUACAGCCUGAUCUACCUGACUGUCAGCUUUCUCCAGCUUCAUCCUCGGUAUGAUGCCACAAGUCCUGAAGCAAAUCUUGGAGUGCUGUUGAUAGAAUUCUUUGAGCUUUAUGGAAGGAACUUUAAUUACAUCAACACCGGCAUACGCAUCAAGAAGGGUGGAGCCUACAUCAGGAAAGAGGAGAUACAGAAAAGCAUGGAUAGCGGCUACAGGCCAUCCCUUCUUUGCAUAGAGGAUCCCCUCACAGAGGGUAACGACAUCGGUCGUAGUUCGUAUGGUGCUAUGAAAGUAAAGCAGUCAUUUGAGUAUGCCUAUCUAGUCAUGACCUACACAGUGAUGCCUCAAAACAGCCACAUUCUUGGACCAAAUCAUAGUAUAUUAGGUAGGAUAGUGAGAGUAACAGAUGAGGUGGUAGACUACAGAAAGUGGAUCAAGGAUACCUUCCCCAUCUUUAUCCCAAACAACCCCAUGGUGCAGCCAAGCACCGACAACCAUACCUGUAGCGCUGACACGAGAAACAACAACAGCAAUAACCUAAACAACAACAACAACAACAACACAACACGCAGCUAUGCUAGUGUGGCCAACAGUAGUCCAAAACACAGCAGCACAGAGACUGUAGAUGUGAAAAACAGACAAGGCAGUGGUAGUGUGAAGAUCUCUGAAGGUCCUAUGGAAUCUAUUGAGCAGUCGGACUCUAGCUCGCCCUACCAGUCCUCCUCUACCUCCUCCCCCAACAACAGUUGUAGUUCCAGUCUCACCAGUGACACAGACUCCGAGCCCGAUCCCCAGCACCAACAAGAAUCUGUCCAGAACGCCACAGUCCAGCCCACCAACUCUACUACCACCUCUACCACCACCAAGUCCGGUCCUCGCUCCACUGUCGUCCCCACCCGUGAGUUUGUGCGAAGUCGAGACUAUAGCAAGCAGCGUGGCAGUCCAAGCAAGUCGCGGGACGCCAGCUCUAGCAGUGUGUCGUCGACACGCUCAAGCAACAGUUCCUAUACUCCACGGGGCACGCCCAAUAAUACACCAGCUACGGUGCCCAGUCAUGAACACUCGGUGGUGGAGGCCGUACCAAAAUAUGCACCCCAAAACAACAUUGGCACAGGGGGUCACACAGGACAUUCUAGUCAGUCUGGUCCCCAGGGUGGCGGCCCUGGGGGUAAAGGAAACCGCUAUCCCCCCGGGGGACACCAGGGCAGCAAGGUGUACAGCAGAUCUCAAGGCAAGCGCCGCAAAAACAGUGUCGGUGGCGGCAGUAUAGGACAAGGUCAUGGGUCACACACAUUACAUACAGGGGGCCCUAGUAACAAUUACAACAGAGGCGGUAACAGCCGUAAAGAUUUCAGCCAAAGUAAUACCAAUAGUGCCAGGUAACACUGGCCUCUCGGAGAGUGAGUGGAUAGAGAUAAACACUUUGAUGACAAUUUCGCGUGUGAAGAUGUGCUAGUAUAUGUAUAUUAUAUAUAUAUAUAUAUGUACGUAUGGAUGAUUCAUGUUUAAUGUGUGUGAGAAACAAAAUGUGUGCACAUGAGGAAAAAGAAGGAAUUCACUACUGAAAUUUCCUAGACUAUUUCUUUCAUGUGUAUUUCACAGAACCAUGUGAUAUCUGGGACAGACAUUGUGAUAGCUGUACAUAAUCAACCAACAUUUUCUCUCAAUCCUGUAUGCAUGUGUUUGUGAGUGUAUUUCCCAGGCCCGGUUGUCUGCAUUGUCCCAAACAAUCUACAACCCUAAACUAACUCCUUAACUAAGUGCCAGUGUUGAGGCCGGUGACGCAUGGGCGUGGAAUCCAGUUCAUGACUGCCUUGAGUGUGGCUAGUGGAUGCAUUUUAUGGCCACCAUGAUUUUUGACACAUGAUCCACAUCUUGACGUUUGAAAGUAAAAAUGUGUGAUCUUGUUCUUGGCGAAUGCUGUGAGCUUGGAUUCGGACAAAUGGUCUCUGACUGCGACUGCCAUGGAUUCUGGAUCCUGAUUUUCGUUACCACCAUGAGUGUGGUUACGGGAUCCACUGCAGAAUAGAGAACAUGUGCAAAUAUGAGAGCGGAGCUGUCACACAUGUCCUGUUCAACUAACUUAUUGAAAGACCUCUCAUAUUACAAGUGAAAUCCACGUGUCCAUUAGAUGGUGUAGAGUGUUCACGAUUUGUCCUCGUCCUAGAAGGGGGAAAAUUUCGCCAAUGGUGCAAUGUUUUGAAGAAGAAAAAUGGCUCUGUGCUAUUGUCACAGAUUUAAAAAAAAAAAAAGACAAAAAAAAUUCAAACAUGAUCAGCAAAUAAAGAGAUGAGUUUAUUUAUGCAUAUCCUGUAUCCAUAAGUAACUAAGUAUUAAUGGCAGCAUAUAAAGACAUCAUACUCCAAAGUCAUUGCAUUAAUAGGGAGAAAAGUACUCAUUAUUGGACUGUUGAACAGCAAUGUUGCUUGAAUCGGGUACUGGUUGACCAUACACCAGAUUAUAUCUGGAGCUGUGUGAUGUCAUGUGUGUACAUGGUAUAGGAGAUAUGCUGAGAAGGACGUUUAUACUGUAUAGAACUUAUUUUUUGCAGAGCUCUAGGGAAUAUUUUCAUUAUAUUACAUUAGCCUGGGCAUUUUGUGCAAGAUGUAAAUCAUACUCCAGGAAGAAUAGUGUCAAAAUGUUUACCCUGCAAUGUUUAAAGUAAUGUAGAGUGUAUCUUUUACAGAAAGUCAGUAACCAUAGCUCAUGUGAAAUAUUGAGCUGAAUACUUAGUAUGGAUGAAGAUUAUGGGCAAGUUAUUUUCCUCAUUUUCCCCCCAAAGACGUAGCUAUUAAUUUUCUUGUAUAUUUAGACAGAAAACACAGAUCCUGUAUAUUUUUAAUGGUUCUGUAUAAAAAUAACUUGAUUUUAGCUAUGGCUUGUAGACACUCAAGCUUUAUAUGGCAGACAAAUUCAAAGUGUCAUUCUGCAAAUAUAAGUACUGUUCUAUUUGUUGAUCAAUAAUGAAAUACAAAAUUAGUAGAGUUAACUUUUUGUUCCGAAGCUGACUUAAUCUUGAUAAAAUUGAGUAAGUUUAUUUAGUUUUAUACAAGAUUUUAUUUUAUUUAUUUUUUUUUUAAUUUUGAAAUUUGAAAUUUUAGUCAAGAUCAAGAAAUUUUGGAACUCCAAAAUAUGAACUUAAAAUUUAUGUGCAUUAUAUCCCAAGUUGUGAAUUCUGAAUCAGUAAGUGUAAAUAAGUAGGAUUUUAUUUUAGAGUAAAAUGAAUGAAGAAUUAAGAUUAAGAUAAAAAAAAUUCUUCUUUUUUUCCAUUCUGCAGGAAAGAUUUAAUGUUGUAUAAAAUGGGAAAAUUAGUUUAAUGUUAGAAAAUACUUCUUUGUACCAAAAAAAUAUUAAAAGAAAAAGUUCACAAAAAAUGUUAAAAUAUUUUGUAAUUAUUCAAUUUUUAUCACAGAGAAAUUCUAUCAAAGUCUUAUUGAAUAUGUGUG